AUGGUUUAUGGGCAGGUCCUCCACAGACGGGAUGCGGAGGAGGGCUUCAUCAACCUGAAUGUGGGGGGUUUCAAGCAGAGGGUGGAACACAGCACCCUGCUGCGCUUCCCGCAGACCCGACUGGGCAAGCUGCUGAGCUGCCGCUCCGAGGAAGCCAUUUUGGAACUCUGCGACGACUACAGCGUGGCCGACAAGGAGUACUACUUCGACAGGAACCCCCGCUUCUUCCGCUAUGUCCUCAACUUCUACCACACCGGCAAGAUCCACCUGAUGGAGGAGCUGUGUGUCUUUUCCUUCAGCCAGGAGAUUGAGUACUGGGGGAUCAAGGAGCUCUACUUGGAUGCCUGCUGUAGCAAUAAGUUCCAGGAGCAGAGGGAGUAUGCCGAGGAUUGGGACCGGAAGAGCGAUGACCAGCAGAAUCCGAGUUUUGAAUCCUCAAUUGAGGAGCUCUCUGCCAUGGAUAAAGAUCUGGAGAAGUUUGAGGGCACCUGGUGCUCGGAGAUCAGGAAGAACAUCUGGCUGAGGCUGGAGCAUCCUGGCUAUUCGUUCACCGCCAAGAUGAUAGCUGUCGCCUCCCUGGGUGUGGUGCUCACCUCCAUCGUGGCCAUGUGUGUGCACAGCAUGCCCGAGUUCCAGCAGGUGGACGCUAACGAGAAGGAGGUGGAGGACCCGGUGCUGGCCGUUUUCGAGAUCAUCUGCAUCCUCUGCUUCUCAGUGGAGUUCUUCCUCAGGCUCUCUGUGACCCCCUGUCUGAGGAAGUUCCUGAGCAGCCCGCUGAACAUCAUUGACUUUGUCUCCAUCAUCCCCUUCUAUGCCACCCUUGCCUUUGAGUCGAUGGAUGAGGAGAAUGAGGACCUGGAGAACGUGGGCAAGGUGGUGCAGAUCCUUCGGCUGAUGCGGAUAUUCCGCAUCCUCAAGCUGGCCCGCCACUCGGUCGGCCUGCGCUCCCUCGGGGCCACCCUGCGGCACAGCUACCACGAGGUUGGUCUGCUCCUCCUCUUCCUCUCUGUGGGCAUCUCAAUCUUCUCCGUCCUCAUCUACUUUGUGGAGAAGGAGGAGGAGGAGUCGGAACUGCAGACUAUCCCCGUGGGCUGGUGGUGGGCCACCAUCAGCAUGACCACGGUGGGCUACGGGGACACGUAUCCCGUGACACUGGCUGGGAAGCUGAUCGGGACUUUAUGCAUCAUUUGUGGAUUGCUGGUGGUGGCCCUGCCCAUCACCAUCAUCUUUAACAAGUUUUCCAAAUACUACCAGAGGCAAAAGGCCAUGGACGUUGAUCAAUGCAAUAACGAAAUGAAAAGCCAGGAUCCCAAUCUUCCAUACUUCAACGUCAGGGACUUGUAUGCCCGAAAGAUGCACACUUUCAUUGCCAGUCUCUCCUCUGGGAGCAGCAUGGACAGCUGUGAGGAUGACACGGAUGCUUCCAGCAUCCAAGACAUUGAGACAGUCUGCAACAUGGGCACACUGGAGAAUGGGGAGGCCAAGUAA